CCGCCAUUUAGGGUUGACCGUUGUCCUUUCACCGCGUACCCUUCUGGAAAGUGAUUAAUUUCUGAGAAAGUACUCUAAUGUGCUCAUAAUUUUGUUUUAAUUUAAGGAAGGUUUCACAGCUGUCGAAGGUGGAUAUACCAACAUUCUGUAAGAGCAAAUUUCUAUUCAAGACUGACAGGCUUUGAUCAAGGCAUGGCUGAACAUACAGGGACAAAUUUGUCUGAAGGUUCAGAAGGCUUGAAGGUUGAAGAGGGCGAGCCUGAUACAGUAGGAGAGAAAGUGCAGGGGUCAUUCCAAAGAAGUUGUCGUUUGAAAACUGAAGAGAGAGUUGGAAAGGCUUUGGUAGAUGUGGAAGCAAGAAGAUCAAUACAUCAGGCUGCUGAAACACAUUUAAUAGGCUGUACCACUGUAAGUAAAUAUACGCAAAUGGGAAUGGAUGCGAGCCAAACAAGGACUACGUCAUGGCUGCCUGGUGAUGUAGAAAGGGAUAUAGUAUACUAUUGCCUUGAGAUGGCUCGCAUGGGUCGUCCUCAGACCAAAAAGAGUCUGCCAUUGGUAGUCCAGCAUAUUCUUAAUGAAAAGAAGAUUAAAGUUUUCCGUAACAAUAAUCUGCCCUCUUGUGGAUGGGUGACCAGAUUCCUGAAGCGACACCCUGAGUUGUCCAACCAAAUAUCAAAAAAUCUUGGUCACUUUAGGCCUUCCAUAACUCCAGAAAACAUCUUCACCUUUUUCCAACACUUGGAAGACUUUUUAGGGAGUAAGGGCCUAAAUGUAAAGGAUUUUUUGAGCCCAGAUAAUUCUUCACGAAUUUUCAACUGCGAUGAAACUGGUAUUGUCAUCAGCGGACGUGAUAGGGCUUCCAAAUGUUUGCUUAAAAAGGGUACUCAGUCUGCCUAUAAAAGGACGGGGAAGGGGAAGCUCAUGAUGACUGUUCUGUGCUGUGCUUCAGCCGAUGGAGGUUUCAUGAGGCCCUUUAUAAUUAAUAAAGGGAAAACUCCAACAGUUUAUGUGCAGCACCAGGAUUUGGCAGCAGAAUCUUAUAGUGUAGGGUGCUCUGAUACAGGGCGGAUGACGGCAGACCUAUUUCACAGAUGGUUGGAAGAUGUAUUUGAAAAGGAACUUGUGAAAAUGAAUAUUAAAAAACCUGUUCUCUUAUUUGUGGAUAGUCAUUCAAGCCACAGGAAUUUUGAAGCUUUUGAAUUUGCUCUUAGUAAGGAAAUCUUUAUGUACUACCUUCCGCCCCACUUCUCCCAUAUAAUGCAGCCACUUGAUGUCGCUGUAUUCAAGCCACUCAAGGAAAGUUACAGAAAAGCGUAUGAAGUAACCUGUGGGAAACUUUCAGCCGUGGACAUGCCUCAAAAAUAUUUCCCAUAUGUAUUAAUGAAGGCCAUCAAAGAAAGUAAUUUAGCUGCAAAUAUAAAAAGUGGAUUCCGGACAACAGGUUUGGUCCCUUUCAACCCUAAUGCCAUCAAACUCACCAGCUUUGUUUCGACAGAAAAACAAGAUGCUUCUCCUUUCCAACUUCAGGAGACCUCUACGAAUACAGCAGUAGUAGGAUCCACAUCUCCCGAGGAAAUCUACAAGCAAGGUUUUAUUGUGGGACAAAGAUCAACACUGCUGCGUUUAUGGGCUCUGAUCCCACUGUACGAAUUAGCAGUUUACAAAACCAGGAAGAGUGAUGUAGGUUGGGUUGAUGACUCAGGCACAUUGUAUAGGAUUUUGAAGGAACUUCAGACCAUUCAGCCUUGUACUGCUUCCAUGAAUCCAUAUGCUGGACAAACCCAGCCUGUUGCAGUUGGCCGUGAGAUUGUACCUUUCCCACAAGCAGUUCCCUCUACAAGUGGGCUUCAGUUCCAACCUAGUAGUGACAUAUCUUUACCUGGCCCAUCUGGGAUUGCCUCUACAACACCACCACCAGGAAUUGCUGAGCAAACAUCAGACACUGUACGGCGGGAAAUAUUACAAACUUCAUCUGUAUUUUACAACGAAUUGCCAUGGAAGCUUGAUUUAAAGCUUCUCCAACUAGACAAAGAAACAAAAGUAAAAGAUCCAACAAUUCUUAAGGUAGCCAACAGUGAGGAUUACAUAAAAUACCUGGAGAUGAAAGACAGAAAAAAAAUGCUAUUUGAAGAGAAAGAGGAGCAGCGUAAAAGGGAAAGGGAGGCAAAAAAACUGGCAACAGGAAGCAAAGGAAAAGGAAAGGAUAAAGGCAAGAGCACUGCCAAAAAGCAAAGGUUAGCUGAAGACAAUGAUAGUGAGAGUGAUUUCAGCGAUGUAUGAGUAAAAGUGAUGACAGCAAAAGUGAACUUAAUAAAUGUGGGACCUGCAAAGAAAAGGGAGCAAAUUUUCUUUGGUUGGGAUCCCAGAAGUGUGAAAGGUGGUUCCACAAAAGAUGCAUUGACAUCCCACUAAAGCUGUUGAAGUAGGAGCUAGAAAAGUUAGUUUGUAUCCAUUUACAGUAAGAAGUCUUAGUUUUUCUUUCUGCUGAAAAUCACCAGUCCAAUUAAUCUACAAAAUACAACAGGUUUUCCAUUUCUAUAUUAUUGAGUCAUUUACUUCAUAAUUUCUUUUAUUUACUGUAUUGAGUAAUUUACUACAUAAUUUCUUUUAUUUACUGUAUUGAGUCAUUUACUUCAUAAUUUCAUUUAUUUACUGUAUUGAGUCAUUUACCUCAUAAUUUUGUAUUUACUGUAUUGAGUCAUUUACUUGAUGAUUUCAUUUUUUACUGUAUUGAGUCAUUUACUUCAUAAUUUCUUUUAUUUACUGUAUUGAGUAAUUUACUUCAUAAUUUCAUUUAUUUACUGUAUUGAGUCAUUUACCUGAUAACUCUUUAUUUACUGUAUUGAGUCAUUUACUUAAUGAUUUCAUAGAUUUACUGUGCUGAGUUAUUUACUGAAUAAUUUCUUUUAUGUACUGUAUUGAGUCAUUUACUUCAUAAUUUCAUUUAUUUAUUGUAAUUUACCUGAUAACUUUUAUUUACUCUAUUGAGUCAUUUACUUGAUGAUUUCAUAGAUUUACUGUAUUGAGUUAUUUACUGAAUAAUUUCUUUUAUGUACUGUAUUGAGUCCUUUACUUCAUAAUUUCAUUUAUUUACUGUAUUGAGUCCUUUACUUCAUAAUUUCUUAAAUUUACUCUAUAUCUUAGGUUUUUCAAGACAUCUUUUAACCAGAGUACAAAGAACCAAAUAAUUUAAAUAUAAUACGUAUCUCAGGAAUGAUUUUUAUAUACUCAGGAAUUUUUUUUAUAUAUAACACUGAUGAUUUUGUAGUCACGUCUCAGGUUUUUUUUAUAUAACAUUUGUAGUCACGUAUCUCAGAAUUUUUAUAUAUAUAUAACGUGAUGACUUUGUAGUCAAGUUUAGUAUUUUUAGUAGUACUCAAUUAUUCAUAUUGUU